AUGGCUGCAUUUGUUCCAACACAACACGAAGAGAUUAGAGCGUUAACAAAAGAACGGAGGCUUAUACCUAACGCUUUCUAUCUUACAACACUAUCUAUCUAUCUAUCUAUCUAUGUUAAACUGUUCAUAUCUAUCUCUACUUGUUCAUUAUCUAUUAUCUAUCUAUCUAUCUAUCUAUCUAUCUAUCUAUCUAUCUAUCUAUCUAUCUAUCUAUCUGUUAUAUGCCAACGACCUUUUAAAUAUCCGCGCCAUUUUCUUCCAACUCAACUAGCUGCCAUUUUUUCUCCGCUAUACUACACCACCCAACUACGUCCCAUCUUUUCUGCCUUCACUAAUGCCGCCAUUUUCCCCCCAUUUUCCAUUACCCUCUCACCUUGUUCACCCCCAGCCCCAACCCGCCAACAUCGACGUCUUUUCUAUUAUCCAACCUCUUUUAACCUGUGGGCUUACGACUUGACAGCACCCAUCACCGGUGCACGAUAA